UCGGACAAAACAACCCAAGUCACAGCACUGUACCGUCCUGGAACACGCAGUACUCUCCGUAUUUUCCCAGCCUCGACAAAUAAAUGCUCAGCAUAGGCACCAGAGAAAUAAAACGCACGAAAAACAAGGACCAUUUUACGAACGGAAACAAAAGCGCACUGGCCAUAAAACGCUCGGAGCAUCUCAAUGCAUACCCUCUGUGCCCGAGGAACGAUGAAACCAGAGAUAAACGCCGCCGUCGGGUUUCUGUCGAGAUUCCUGCGGAUUAAAGGACAUGUGAACGACAGACAGCUCCAGACAUUCAGCCAGACCCUACAGGACAUCCUGGCAGAGCAAUACAAACACCACUGGUUCCCAGACCGUCCAAACAAGGGUUCUGGGUAUCGCUGCAUACGUAUCAACCACAAGAUGGACCCUCUGGUUGGACAGGCUGGUCAGCGCAUCGGGCUGAGCAUUCAGCAGCUAUACCUGUUGCUUCCCAGCGAGCUCACAUUGUGGGUCGACCCAUUUGAAGUGUCAUACCGCAUCGGAGAGGACGGCUCCAUCUGCGUGCUCUACGAAUCCCAUCCCGGCACCAACGGAAACCCCAGCACCACCACUGGAAACAGCAUCCCCGCCUCAUCUGUCACCCAGGUAUCGGCCAUGGUGGAAAGUCACAUCAGCUGCAAGGAGGAACUACUGGUUUUGGGUCGUACCAGCCCAGCUAAACCCUACAUGAUGACUGUGUCCAGCUAAACGGGUCACAGAAGUCAUUUUUAAGAAAUAAAAAAGAGAGAAAGGAGAAGAAGAAGAAAAAAAAAACAGGAUGUGUCCUAUCGUCCAGGUGAUGGAAACCUUGUAGGUUUAUUUUUCACUCGUUUUGGUUGUCUGUUCUGUUAUUGUGUUGGAUCUACCAGAGGCUUGACCCUGGGGCAGCUAAUGAAGACCUAAAACACCGCCCGGCCCCCCAGCUCACAGAGACUGACCCACUCCCACGGCAGUGGUCAUUGGGGGGGAGGGCGUUUCUGCCAUCAUCUGCCGAUGUUGACUUUGCACUUUCGCUUUCACGGUUUAUGUUAUUGCAUAAACACAAACUCCCUCUAAAAUGUUAAGGAAUUAUGCUCCAUUAUGUUUCAUCAUGCCCUUUUUCUCCGUUUGCUGUCGAGCUGAGGCCCAAACACUGGGAGCCUGUGCCAGACCCUAGUGCCGCUCUGAGCCUCAUUUUUCUAAAAACCUCACUUUUUUGGACCACAAAGCGGUACUUUUGUCUCUUCUUGGUGUCUGGUAGGGCUUCUUUUGGGCUUCAGGUCGACAUGAACCGGUUUCAAGCCGCCUCCAUCCUGUACACUGCCUCUGUGGAAUAUCUGUGUCAUACUGUUACCCACGCUAGCCGUCGAUGGCACUGUGAUGCAAAGGUUCUCAUGCUUGUAGCUUUUCUAGGGGCUCCCUCCUGGAUGAAUGUAAUUUCUAACAAAAAA